GCCUACGUGGCGAUUUUGCUGCGCUCUGGAGCGGGCGCUGCCGCGGAGCGGCACCGAGAGCAGAGCGCGGGCUCCGGGGCCGGGAUGGCGGCCGGGCCUCGGCGUCGGCUUCCCGGACCAGACAUGGCCGCGGGCCCGGCCCUCGGACUACAAGUCCCAGGAGCGAGCGGGAGGGCGCGGCCGCCGCCCGAGCGGGACACUCCAUGCUGCCCCGCCAUGUGCAGAGGCUGGGCAGAGACUGGAUCACCCACUGGAAUGGCUCCCAGAUCCUCGCCUUGAACAGCCCAGUUUCCAGCUGUAUGAGAUGGGCCGGACACUAUCCUCCCUGGGCCUCCUUUCCACUUCCUAUCCCAGCUGAUUUCUCAGCAAACUGGAGACUCCCUCCAUUUCUUGGACCUUGGAGACAGUUUCAGAACUCUAAUUGGCAUCUUGAUAACUACACGCAAAGUUGUUGCUUUCACCUACCUAACCCCAGUAUGAAACCUGAGGGAGAAGAACCAUUGACAAAGAAGAGAAGACUCAGUGGCCAGCAUGAUACUUCAACUUCUGAAGAGGAAACGAACUUCUCUAACGAAAAGGAAGCAUCGUGUCUUUCUGUAGCACAGAAUGAAGAAAAACAUAGCAGCAAGAAAGGAACCAUCAAAAGACACUGGGAAUAUUUCUGUCAGCAGAGUAGAACAAUGAAAAUCUCUGAAAAUAAAGAAUCUGACCAAAGCAAUAAAGGAAGUGAGGCAACGUUUGACUUUACGGUCAUGUCCUACAAUAUUCUCUCACAGAAUUUGUUGGAAGACAACUCUCACCUGUACAAACACUGCAGGCAACGAUUGUUAUUUUGGACAUACAGAUUUCCCAACAUUCUACAAGAAAUCAAACAGCUGGAUGCAGAUGUGCUCUGUUUACAAGAAGUCCAAGAAGACCACUACAGAACAGAGAUCAAGUCAAGUUUGGAAUCCCUGGGGUAUCACUGUGAGUAUAAAAUGAGGACAGGCAGAAAACCUGAUGGCUGCGCUAUUUGCUUCAAAACUUCCAAAUUUAGCCUGAUUUCAUCUAACCCCGUGGAAUUCUUUCGCCGUGAUAUUCCACUCUUGGACAGGGACAACGUUGGACUGGUGUUGCUUUUGCAGCCUAGAUUUCACUGUAAAACUAAUGCUGCAAUCUGUGUUGCCAACACACAUCUGCUGUACAACCCCAGGCGAGGGGACAUCAAACUGACCCAGCUGGCAAUGCUCCUGGCAGAGAUCGCGAGUGUCGCCCCUCAGAAGGAUGGUUCCUUCUGCCCAAUUAUCAUCUGUGGUGACUUCAAUUCUGUUCCUGGUUCUCCACUGUACAGAUUUAUAAAGGAAGGAAAGUUAAAUUAUGAAGGACUUGCUAUAGGGAAGGUCUCUGGACAAGAACAGUUUCCAAGGGGACAAAGAAUCUUAUCUAUCCCUAUUUGGCCAAAAAAAUUAGGUAUUUCACAAAACUGUGUAUAUGAAAUAAAACAGCAACAAAAAGAAGAAAAUGCAGGAGAAAAAUUGGAAGCAGCAAAACUGGACAACACUCAGGAGAUUGUAGUAGCAUCUGAAAAGUUGUCUUCAAAAUUGCGGCACCAUUUUAAAUUGUCUUCAGUCUACUCUCAUUACCUUCCUGAAACUGGGGUACCAGAAGUAACAACUUGUCAUUCCCGAAGUGCUGUCACUGUGGAUUAUAUUUUCUAUUCUGCAGCAAACGAUGACGCUGCUGCCCAGCCAGGAGCAGAGGAUUCUUUUCAUGGAGGUCUGAAACUUCUUGGCAGGCUGGCACUUCUAACAGAGAAAGAUCUCUGGACUGUUAAUGGUCUUCCCAAUGAAAAUAACUCUUCUGACCACCUGCCAUUGCUAGCAGAGUUCAGGCUUAUUGAACGGUAACACCCAAAGGACUUUUUGUGUAGGUAAAGUUACCUUCACCUUCUCUCUUCAUGGGAUGAUUAUUAUUUUUUUUUAAAGGUUAAUUCAAGCACUGCUGGUUCGGUUUAAAUAACUUUGCCUGCAUGCAGAUUUGUUAGUGUUGUGUAAAGUAGACUUUUUAAAGAGACUUUUUUUUUCUUUUAAACGUUCAAAUUACUUUAUGAAGUCUUUAAGGCAAAAAAGAAAAGAUUUUGCAUUGACUUUCUCUUUGAUAAAGGAAAACAUCUGUGCCAGACUCAAAAUGGCAUUAUUUUUCAUGGAGAUGUUGUAAAUGUUUUUUAUUGUAAAUCAUAGUAAAAAGGACUGUUCUGAGAACUGUGUGCUUCUUCAAUCAGAGGGGAA